AUGGGAGUUAUGGGUGCAGUUCCAUCGUCUGCUUCCGUUCGUGCUUCAGCUCAGGACGGCCUGUAUUUACUUUUCUUUCAGGGUGGGCCAAAUGUCGGCGGAAAAAACCAACGCACCUUUGUUGGAGUGGUCACUAAAAUGCAUGACAAUUAUGGAUUUGUUGACGAUGACGUGUUUUUCCAACACUCGGUAAUCCGUGGGACUCUACCUCGCGUAGGUGAGAAAGUAAUGGUUGAAGCGAGCUACAAUCCGCAGAUGCCGUUCAAAUGGAAUGCAUAUCGAAUCCAGCUUUUGAAUUCCGGAGAUGGUGCUGGCUCACAGAAUCACUCUGCUCAAGCUCGUUCUGGUGGCUCUGGUGGAAGAUGGGGUCCACCAGCGUCUGCUGAACGCAAUGGACGUGGAUCGCCUCCGCGUCGUCGUUCUCCGCCUCGCCGCAGUCCUCCUCGUCGAGCGCCAAGCCCUCCGCGUAAAGAGGUGCCACGUAGAAAGUCACCACCUAUGAGACGUUCUCCACCAGCUCGUAGACCAUCUCCAAUCCGUAGUGACCGGGAUCGUAAGCGUGAGCGUAGCGCUAAUCCACCGAGCUCUACUCAGUCAGCAAGAAGAGAGAGUGCCAGCCCACCUCGACGACGUGCACGUAUCAUUCCUCGAUAUGAAUGUCAUCCUCCUCGCGCUGUUCUGCUUAGUGAGCAAGUGUCAGUCGUUGGCUUGCGUAGUCGUUACGCCAAGCUCUACAUUCCAUCCGAUUUUGCUGACAUGACCGCUGAAUGGGUGAAGCGGGUGCCAGUAGAUGCUGCGAUUGAUCUAACUAAACCGGUUGCUUUCCACGUAUUUAACAAAGAAGUGGACAAUCCGCUUCUAGAAGGAGAACCUGAGGUGGUUCUCGAGUCGGAGGACGCUGAUCAUCGCCAUCAAGUCAAGGUACUCCUGCUGGCACAUCCUGGGAGACAAGAGGUGCACAAGAAAGCGUUUGGACUUCUUCCCGAUGGUUCAACUGAUGACAUGCACGAGCCCACUCCAUUUGUGAAACAGCUUAGCUUCCUAGUUGGAACUCGAGGAAAAGAACCGUUGGCUAUUGGAGGUAGUUGGUCUCCAUCACUUGAUGGUGCUGAUCCGACGAAUCCGUCCACUAUAAUUCGUACUGCUAUACGUACAACUAUGGCACUCACAGGAGUUGACCUAUCUGAAUGUCCGCAAUGGUACGAGCUGGUGCACGUGCGUUAUUACCGCGCCGAUCGUGAUCGCACGGAUAGCGUGCGUCUUCUGUUCCCGGACACUCAACUGCUUCUUGCCGAUGCUGACGACUCAUCGGCUGAUGAACGUUGGAACGAAAUACAGGAAGCAUUACGGGAGCAGCUGGAGAUGAAGUUGGCUGCUGUGGAUGCACCGCCUCCGGAACCAGAACAGUCAACGGCGGAGGAGACCGCCAAGGACAAGGAAAGUCGCGAGCGUACUAUGCGCCAGGCACUCUUUCACUAUAGAUUAAUGUUGUGCGUGUUUGUGUUCAUGUGUUUGUCUUGUGGUUCUACAGCUACUCCUUCAAAAGAAGCAAAAUCUGUUAAAGAAGAAACACCGGGAAAAGAUGGCGAAGAGGGCGAAGGUGCGGAGGCAGUGGACACGCCAACACACUGGAGCAAGUUGGAUCCUAAGAUGCUCAAGGUCCCUGAAUUGCGAGCUGAACUAGAAGCACGCGGUCUAGAAACAAAAGGUGUCAAGUCGCUGCUGUGUAAGAGGCUGCAAGAAGCUCUCGAUCAGGAGAAAGAGAAAGAAGAAGGAGAAGGAGCUGCUCCUACUGGUGACAUAGAAAUGACGGAUGUUGCUGGAGAAGAUGAUGAAGCUGAGAAGAAAGAAGAAACUACAACUGACAGCAAGGCCAAAGAAAAGAGUGAGGCUGAGCAAAAGAAGUUGGCGGAAGAAGAGAAGAAAAAAGCUGAGAAGCUGGAGAAAGAGAAACAGGAACGCAAGAAUGCUCUUGAAAGACAUUACGCAAUGCCUAAGGAGCGAAAGGUGCUCGUAUUCCCUUCGAAGACGGCUAAAGGUGGAAAGUUCGAUUGCAGAGUGAUGAGUAUGCACGCUCUGCUUGAUUAUAGACAGGAUGACAAUAAGGAGGCUCAUUUUGAGGUAUCCUUGUUCGUAGAAGCCUUCAAAGAGUUGCUUGAACGCCAUGCAGCUUUUACCAUCUACUGCGCUGUUGCCCGCGCUGCCGACAAGGAAAGCGAACGCAAGAGACGAGAUGAAGCUAGGGAGAAGAAGGAAGAAGAGGUAAAAGAAAAAGUUUUUUUAGGUCGUGCAACUACUGAGUCUGAGAGUAUUCAAAGGGUAAAACAUCGUUAUCUUAACGAGCGCGAUUUGGAGGACAUCAUUUUCAACAGUGAAUUAGGUGUCACUAGAGCUCAGAUGCAGAAGAUGACGCAUAAGUUGAUGUCUCGGGAGAAAAUCAAUUACAGACACUUGACCGACGUCUUGGUGGACUCUGAUGGUGCUGUUAGAUUCACACCUGGCGAAUGUGAGAAUGCGCCCGAAAUUUCAACGCUUCUCAAAGGUUGCGGUCUGCAAGCAUUCAAAAACUCGCUUCCUCAAACGAACGGUGAUGUACACAUGUCCGAAUUUGAGGGGACAGUGGUCAUCAAUGGUAACGUCGUCAAUGUAGCCCAAAAGCUGGCGUUGUUGAAGAAGAGCGAACAAGAACGCGACCAGGCCAAAAGUUUGGUGGCCGAACACACUGCACUCAUUGAACAACUUCGCGGGACGAAGCACGACCUCGAGAAGAAAAUCAGAGAUCUGGAAAGGGACCUUGAAAAGAACCGGAAGCGCUUGGACGAGAGCAACAGUGCCCUCAAGUCCUCCUUGGAUUCGAAUAUUUCGCUCAAGAACGGAUUAUCCGAUUGUAAGAGAUAUGCUGAUCGUAUUUUAUCAGCUGUGGAAAGAGCCUGCCCACCACCACCUCCUCCACCAAAGCGUGUCGAGGAACCCAAGGUAGAAGAGCCCGUUGCUGAGGCCGUAGAUGAUGCCGAUGAGCCAAUCCCUGCAGAAAUCGUUCUCACCGAGGAGGUUGGAGCAGAGGAAGACACUGAAGAAAAGGCUGCGGCAUAG